GACAACAAACAUCAACGAAGUCGGUCUACACAGCGGCGGUUGAGUUGACUACCAUCGGUUCCUCGAGUGCUGCGACGGUAGUCGCAAGAGUUAGCGCCCAUCGAUCCUGAUUCAGAGAAGCUCAGUGCCAAUAGCAAUGUAUUAUUGCUGGCGGUUAUCUUCUGUGAAUUGCAUAGAACAAAGCUAACAUACCCCAAGGCUAUGACCUCGUAUCAUCGAAAUAGUUGAUAGUGAGCAUACAGAAGUGCAUGAUAAACCGCCAGAGUGCGUCUUCGGAUGAAACUUACGUGAAUGUGUAUCAAGUUCAUCACUACCGGCACUACUGGCUAUUUGAAUCCAAUAUCUACUAUAUAUGCAUAGAGAUCGCGCUCUGAUGCGCGUGUGUCCUAUAGAAAGCGAAUCUCUAUCGCAUACUCUGCUGAAGUCUGUUUUAUGAGAAAUCCCUGUCUUCAACUGUUUAAUUGAUUAGCGCUUGUGAUCGAACUGAGGAGGCGGUAUUGUCAGUGACGACAAUGACUUCGCCAGCACUCUUACGACAGCCAUCUGUAUAUAACCCUCAGUUCUAGCCGACUAACGAUACGAACUGUGCCAGCGGUGAUCAGUGUCAAGCAAAAUUUCGUCAUCGUUUGAGUGGAAAAGAGUAUUCGGCUUGAAUGAUUUCAAACAUUGUAGAGUAUCCAGAGCGACCGGCCACUAAGGACGAGCUGGGGUGAUCCUGUUUUCUGUUCUAUGCGCAUGGAUCAGAAUAAUUUGCUGCAUUGUGCCACUUCAUCUCCUGUUUCUAGCCAUCAUUAGCAGCACAAAAUUAAUCGAACUGUCGCCUUCAUCAUCGUCAUCAGGCGCUGCUGCUGCUGCUGCUGCUACUAACGAUGUCGCAGGGACGAUCGCUGUAUCAAAAACAGCACCAGCCACCACCGCCGCCGCAGAUCUCGUACCCACUUCUUCUGGAACUGCUUCGGUAGAGAAAUGCGAAAGUUCGCGUGCUAACUUCUGUCGUGCUUCGGAAACGUCCAAAACCAAAACUAGAUUAAAAUCAAAACAACAAUAUAACGAAACGGAACUCGAGAGAUAAAUAGCUAAAACGGCUACCUGUCACAUCUAUUCCGCAACGGUUACGACGGGUAGCAGCAAGUUGUAGUUAUGUCUACGUACACGUCCCCGCACACCAAGUGCUUCGUUCGCUGUGUAAGUGAGAGCUCGUGUUAGCGAGUGAAGAAAAGUGCAAGCGAUAAUAGAACUUUGCUGUGUGGCAAAAAGGGGGGCAACUAGGCGAACCCAAACUGUGUUUCACGUCAGUCAAGAGCUCUUUCGUUUGCGUUGGUAUUAGUAUUAUUACAUACAAAAGCUAGACCGCAACAGAUCAACUACUGGACAACGAUUCUUCAGAAAGAUUCAGUAUUCGAGUAGAAUAAGUACCAUCCUUAGUGCGAUGACAAGGCGAUGACAAGUUGACUUUUCGAUCUUGUUCACCGUCUUUGUAUGAGGUGCCUGCUACUAUUAUUAAUGUCAACUCCUAUUUGUCUCUCAGCACGGCUAGCCGGCAUCGGCCGGUGCGCAGUUUGGCUAAGAGGAACUGAAGUACGAGUACUGUGUCUGGCUGCAGGAAUUUGAUGGCUUGAGAUCAGACGCCGCGAUUUGUAAUUACAGAGAAGCUGGUCGUGAACUUUGUGAAUUGAUUCCAUAGAUUUGUGUCUGUUUAGUUAGUGGAACAGACCGCAGAGAUCGACCACAAAGAGAACGGCUUGAACGAAACUGAGCAGAACGAUACACAAACUGAAUAGCGUUAUUUUAAAAAAAAUAUUUAUAUUACAUAAAAGUCACGAGCUUAGUUUAAGCGUUUUACUGCUUUCUCUAUUGCUAUUGACAAAAUAACGCUGUUUUGGUUUGUUUAAUAGAGAUUCAAAAUCUGAAAGUAACUAAGUUUUGGACUUGGAGACACCAAGGUACUAUACCACGGAAAGACCAGGUAUAUUGAUUGUCAAUUAUUGUAUACCAUCGCUAUAGGACAGUUCUAUGAAAAACUUCAUCUCACUUCACAAACUAUCGGGGUUACGACUCUGCAGAAGAAAACAUAUUGAUGUUGGUGGGGGUGACAGAUAGCUUUGUGUGUAGAGUUAAAAAAACUCGAAUAUUGACGUUGGGCAACAACGGAGAAAGGGAUUUGCUGCAGCCACUAGUGGAUUCGCAUAGCGACCUGUGACCAGACUGUCGACAUCUACUGACCUGCGACUAGAGGAUGUCGGGCAGGCCUCGUCGCGGACUUCUGGGCGCCGUCUUCGGAAGGUCGCGCGACUCAUUCGGAGGACUGGUUGAGAGCAGAACUUUGUACCAGUUUGAGCCCUCAAGCAUCGAGGCACUUUCAUCGAAGAACGACGCAGCCACAAGGCUAAAAUGUCUUCGCGAUAUUAAGUCAGACCUCGAAAUUUAUCGUUUGGAAGCCGAGCAAAUUAGCACCCUCUAUUCGCUGACAAAUGAUCUGCAAUCACCUGCGCAGAGUCGGGAGGUGCGAGAAGAGGUGGUUGACUUCUACGUGACAGUUGUAAAGACCCAAUUUGAACAAUUGGGCUUAGCAAGAGUACACCUUUUUGGUGUCGUCGAGUGGAAGGCUCGCGAUAAAGAUAAGGAAAUUGAUGGCCGACUUAGACUUUUACAGGCACUGACGAAGGAGGGUAAAUGUAUAGGACGUUUCGAACGGGAGGCUCCAAAAUUUAUAGCACGAUGGAUGCACGAGGUAGUGCAAACUCCACACGCAUCCGCGUAUCUCAAACUCGUCAUCAAUCUUGUCAAAUACAAUUCUGCCUUCCUUGAUCGGGACAUCACUCAUAAAUUCAUCGAGGAGACAGAAACGUGUAUGCUGUGUUAUUCGACGGCCUCGGAGCAGAAUGUCAAGCUCGGUCUCGAACUACUGGACUGCAUGGUCAGUUACUCACUAUUACGAACCGAAGUUCUCGACUACAUGGUACCAACCGUCUGCCGGACCGUCCUUGUCGAACCGUUGAUAAAACCGUCAAAGCAGCUAAUGACCAAACUUCUUGGCACUCACUUGGGACGUGCGGCUGUUGCAAAAAUGUGCGAAAUCCUUGAGGAACCUGCGAGGUAUUCCGAUGCCAAUUUGCUUCGAGGCGCGGUUGUCUUUCUUGGCCUGGCGAUGUGUCCGGCGCAACAAGACAUGAUCCUUUCAACUGGUCACACGGCGAUCCUAGUGGCAAUGAAAAAGGUUCUGGCUAGCGGAAAAGCGCUGAUAGCCGCAGAGGUUUCGCGGACGUUAAGGGCACUGCUGGAAGGAGCUGCCAACUACAGUGUUUCAAGUAUGGGCGGAGCGCCGUCAGGCGUUCAAAUUCCAUCUAUUGCAAAUAUACCAGUACAACAACACCAAGGGGGAUGCCCCACUCAAGGAGACCUAGCUCUUGGAGUUGACUGGGCGCUUGUCCUUGAUGUCGUCCACGAGCUGAUCAAGGCGUUACCUAAAUUUACUGAGGAUCCAACGAACACACUCUCCAACAAUGAGCUCUGUGUGACUUUGCUGUCAGAACUCGUUCUUUCCCUUGAACGAAUGGCUGAUCGGGGUGCCAUUUGUGGACCGGAUCGUGAACGCCUAUUUGAAAUCGUAGAAAAAUCACCACACCAUCAAAGAUCGGAACAAUCUCUUAUCCGUUUACUUGAACAGCGUGCAUCAGCCAUACGGCGACAUCCUGUAGACUGGUUGCAACGGCUAGCUAGUCUAAUGGCAGCGUUCUACAUCGAUGCCCCACAAACACUUCGCCUUCGAUCACUGAAUGUUCUCACCGAAGUCAUCGAGACGUUUGGCCCAAUUUACGAUGAAAAACUUUGCGAAAACAUUAUCGUUCCAUACCUUGGUAAGGUGUCCGAAGAGCGGGAUGCAAUUGUGGGAGGUGAAGCUUUGAAAGCCGUAGCAGCUCUUUGUCUACGGUGCGCUCAGCCAAAUAGGAAGACAAAAGACACCUGCGUAGAAAUAAUCGAAACGGUUCUUAAUCAGCCUUCAGCAGGUCCGCUGAGUCCGGUAGCAAUUGAUAGUCUGGUGGAGAUCUUUCGCAGGGAGCUUUUUUCUUGCUCGCCACAUCCAAUUCAGCGGAUCCUUGAUAAACUCGUCGACUGGAUUAACAAGCAGUACUGUACACCGGCGGGCGAGACGGGCGCUGCGCUUUUGGACACAGUCGCUUCGAUACGAAGUCGCCAACUGGUUAUGGACCUGCUGGUGUCUUUUAGGGUCAGUGCAAGAAAACAGCUUGCCAUCGAAGUGCCCAAAUCCGACGAAGCUCAACCACCUUCGCAACACCAGCAACAGGCAAAUAACCAGCUCUAUAAUAUCAAGUGCUCACCUUUGGUGUUUAUUACCGGUUCAAAGUACACGGAACGAUUGUCAGGACAGGGAAUUGAGGUCGUUGUUGUCAACGUUGGUGCUGUUCUACCCGCAGUGGCAAAUUUCCUUGAGACGGAACCAAACUGGCCCCUGUUUAUGUCCAUGGCAGAGAAGUUGCCACGAUUUUUGCAAGAUCGGCAAUUAAUGUUAGUGAAAACACCACCAACGACUCUCAGUGAACGACAGCAGCCGUCGCUGGUAGCAAAAUAUUGUCAACUAUUGUGUAAUCUAAUGGCGGACCAACGACGCUUUAAGGAACCCCCGACUAUGGAAGGCCCUGAGGGUGUUUUGGACCACCCCCUUAUGGGGAGUCAACAGCAUCAGUUACAGCAGAGCACCUCAAGUACUUCUAGUAACAACAACACAAAGCUAUCGUCCGGUCCCACAUCAAGCGAUAUUCAGCAAAAGAUUCUUCCCAUUCUAGUCGUGUUCCCUAUUCAUAAAGCGGAUCUUUCGGCUAACGCACAAAGAGCUCUAGUGAACACUCUUCUCCAGGGUAUGUCGUCAAAAGCGGCUCCCCAGUGCAUCCGGACUUUGACACUCGUCCUUCUUCAAAUGCAAGACCAAAUGUACCGAAUGGCCGAGAACGUUAUUAACAAGCUCGCUCAGGUAUCAGAUACGAAAGCGGUAGCACUGCCAGUACUUGAUUUUCUUUCAAGUCUCAUCACACUGCCCGGGAUCUUCUCAUCAUUCACAAGAGACAACUAUAACAAGGUAUUUGCAAUUGCGCUUCCGUAUACAAACUCGGUGAAGUUCUCCCGCUACACUGUCGCUUUGGCACACCAUGUCAUAGCGCUUUGGUUCCUCAAGUGUAAAACCGAGUUUCGGCCGGCCUUUGCCUCGUUCAUUAUGAAGCGUCUGCGAAAUUACAGCAGUCGAAGUUCAACAUCGGAACAACCAGUUCCAGCUAUUGGCGGCUUCGAGCCUGUUCAGCGCAGUCGAAGUGGCAGUCUCAAUGAACGCAAGGCAGGAGGCCAAGGUAGCGGAAGCGGAAUCGGGGCUAUCGGCCGAACAAGCGGGAAUAACGCAGGCGACAGCGGUCACCUUCAGCUGCAAGACGAAUUGGUAGACUCAGCCGAUGAUUUUCUCAAUCAGUACUCUCAAGGAGCGUGUUCUUUGCAGCCUCGAAAGAGCGGUGCCGAGCAUUUCCUAGUCAACGGAGGACAAAGUGUGACUUGGGUUAGCGUUAACAAGGUAAUAACGAUUACAACAUCGGGCUGCGUUACUAACACGCCCUCGAACUCUGGAGGCGUUUGUGAGAAAUGCCUGCGUCUUUGCCGUGUAUCCAGCGUUGAUCCCGACUCUGAUGUGCCAGCUGAUAGUGGGCCAGGAAGCCUUAACAAUUCAGGCCAACCAGGCACGACCCCUGGAACGCCACUAACACCGGUGACACCGGCUACUCCAGGUGGAUCUUCCGGUCCACCAGUUUUCAACAACAACAGCAGCAACAACAAUUUAAAUCUCAGCUCAUGGGAAAGUUUGGCUCACUCGUCGACUUCGGUGAGUCCUGUGGGAAGUGGAGGUCCUGGCCAAGAAAAGUCAACAGGAAUUUCUGGAGGCUCAAAAAAAUCACGAAAUUUAAGUUUUGAGCUUGCGCCGCGUUCCAUGAGCGUUGCCUCUCGGGACGAAUUGGGCAUUGGCAAACCCACAAGAUCAGAUGGUCAACCGACAGUCAAGUAUAGCUCUGAUGAACAAAUUUACCAGCAUACCUCAUCGCAACAGCAACCUCAGAAAAAGACGUUUCAGACAACUAUACAUGCAUACAGCAGCUCGCAGGCAAUUUCAGUCGGCUCAUCAGAGAGCAUCCUAGCGUCGAGUUCAUCGGGUUCAGGAGGUUCCGGGGUCGCCACCGGGGAGGGCGGUAUGGUUCUCGCACGCGUGUGCAAUUGCUGGUGCCGAAACUGGGGCGAGAUCACCGUUCGUAGACCCUCUGGCAUCACUUCGUGCACCGUUCGACUGCAGAAUGACGUGUUUACGACGAUGCCGUUGCACGACGUUGCAAUUCCGGACAUUGCAACAAUGUUCACCAAUCUUCGGGUGUCUUCCUUACCAGAAGCUGCUGAGGGAGUAGGUUUAAUUCAACCAGCGACGCCCUUCACCGCUGGAUUGGAUGCAGCCGUUGCGUCCGCUGAAGAAGAAGCUUCUAGUGGCCCAUCUCACUCAGAGCCAAUACCCACUCCGGUGGCUCCAGUAACGUUUGCACCUGCUGCAUUGCCUCCAACGCAAAAAUCGGCCCCGUCAUCGCCAACAGAGCCCGCACCAAAACCAUUAAUUCAACGUUCGGUUUCAAUGACUGACAAGGAACGGUAUUCGAAGAAAUCCCCCAGAAACGAAAAAUACGCUUCCAUCCCUGAAGAGCCAAAAAGCAAGCGAGGAUCACUAGCAUUAGCUCCGAGUAGCGACACGUGUGAACUCCUAUAUGGCGAAAGGAACGCCCCUUCCAUGUUCGGAACAUUCGGAGGGCCUGGUGAAUCAUUCCGAGAUCGGUCUCGAACAAUAUCUGUAAUGACUGCGACUCGCCAACCGACGCCAGUUGAUUUUGGCCCAUGGAAAGAAGAAGUUCCGUACACGGAGAGGGCGUGUUUGAGUCCAAAAUUUCUCUUUAGCCGACUGUACGAUAUGGAAGCAUCGUCACGGUCUGGAAGCGAAUUAGGUCCUUCGUCCAAGACGGCUUCUAGCCAACCCCAGGCGUUGAUGGCUACCCCAGAGGAUUGCAGUAAUACACUCGAGGUUUUGGAUACGACGUUGGCCUAUGAGACUCACAAGAUCGGCGUCGUCUACGUUGAUGUCGAUCAACAGGACAGUGAAGCCAAGAUACUCGCCAACUCCUUUGGCAGCAGACGGUACAUGAAUUUCCUUCAAGGAUUAGGCGCAUAUGUUCGACUGAAGGACAUUCAUGGCGUUUCGGUUUAUAGCGGUGGACUAGACACGAAGUAUGGAGAGGACGGUGAUUUUUCAAUAGCAUGGCAUGACGACGUUAUGCAGGUGAUGUUCCAUGUAGCGACUUUGAUGCCUACAAAAGCUUCGGACAUACAAUGUUCUGGAAAGAAAAAACAUAUUGGAAACGACUUUGUUGUUAUCGUGUAUAACAAUUCAGGUCACGAGUACACACCAACUAAGUCGAACUUCUUGCACGCUUGUAUUAUUGUCACACCUCAAGCGGAAAACACAUCUCUCGUACGUGUUUGGUUGAAAAAGGAACUCUUGUCAGAGGUAAGCGCUGAUGAAGAAUUAACCCGUGGGUGUUCAAUUCGCGACGAUGCUCUGCCAAAAUAUGCUCGUCAACUUGCUCUACAUAUGAACAUCGCUUCGACAAUCCACGUGAUGGGUUCGACCUACGUAAACAACUGGCUCGAGCGACUUAGGAUUAUUCGUCGUCUCCGGGAUAAAUUACAGAAACGAGCAGCGCUAGAGGCCUCAACUCAAAGCUUCCAAGGCAACGCAAUUACACCAACAUUGUAACCUUUGUGGGGGCAUCGUUAUUUAUCGAUUCAUCUCACGGUGCGUGUGGGCCUAGACAACAGGACGAACCAGGCCGAUGCUGUCUUGGGAUCUCAAUGCAGCCAUGAAGUUGAGUUAAAAAAAAAACGACGAACUUAACGCCAUCCUGGAAAUUCACCCAGUCACUAAUCGUUAUUCUGACGUAUCAGGGAAUCGACUAAAAUAAGCAUAUAGAGUAGCAGAAAAACGAAGAGAUAUUAGCGUAAAACAUUGUUGACGUAAUAACAGCAGGUGGAUGGCACAGAGAGGCUGACGUAACAGAUUUUUAAGUGUUAUUUACAAAUUAUUCAUACAUAUGCACAGGGCCCAACGGAAACUGACAGCUUCGUGCUUUUUUAAUAGACAUGUCUAGUGCCAAUAUGGCAAGUGAUUGAAGUACGAUGAAAGAGCCUAAAAAGAGCAACCUUAUAAAAGGUGUCCGUUUGUCUACCGGUGAACUCGUUUAUCGAAUUGUCAGUCUCGAAUGGUUGGAUAUACUUUAAUUAUUUUUUCAUAAGUAUUGCAUAACGCCUCAACACGACAGUAACGCAUUUAUAUGCGUGACUUUAUACAUAAAUAUGGUAAUAUGCAUAUAUAUUAGCUAAAAAGGAGAAAGUAACAGAAAUGAAAUACUGCUAUUGUCCACUAAGUUAGAACAGAUUUGCUCUAGUCAGAGUCAACGCCGUAGUUUAGUUAAUAGAGUAUAGAUAGUAAAGGAAUACAGCAAUAGAUAAAAUUUGGCAUGAUACUGGUUCUUGCUGAUAGUAAUUAAUCGAUCCAAAACAGAUACGUCUAUAAAAUAAUUCCAGACAGCAAGAAUUUAAUUAUUGAAAUCGCUUUUAAAAAUCUACUACGAAUACGCGCGCUCAAUAGAGCGUUUAAAAAAAAAAAUAGUACUUGUGUGUCUAAGUUAAUCGUCGCCAUAGAUCGCUGAAUUGGAAUAGACAACAUGCAACACGGAAGAUCCCAACAUAACUGAUUGUAGGUUUCUAUCAGAUCUUCAAGCUAUUGUGGGUGAUGUGUAUUAGCCUAUGGAAAGACAUUCACUGUAACUCAAGAAUAAGGAGACUUUUAAGCAAGAGGUUUUCAAAUUUACGAUUAUACAGUGCUCGAGCAGGAUUUUGACGAUCAGACAGGAAAGCUACUCUGGGUGGGAACUGGCAAGGAGGACGUGUCAUGUUAUAAUUUUAAUUAACAUUAUAUCUUAUGGCGCAUAAUUGGUUAUGAUUACUGACUUUCUUGAAGCGCAAAGGCUACGCUAUAAGCGCGCAUUGUCUAUCAAUGAUAGCUGCUGCGAUAAAAAUCGAUGGUGUUUCCAAAAAGAGUUUGAAUUCAAAAUUGAUCCAUGCAUGUUAGGCUAGCAACUAUCUACAGGACUGGUCGACUGAAUGACUGGCAGCUAGACCGUUAUAUCUAAAGCAAUAACAACAUUGAGUAGCAGUACUGCUAAUAGCAACAACACUAAUAUUGUUAUGACAGCUCUAAGUGUACACAGAAUGAUAGUCCUUUAAAGUAAGGUGAUGUAUUUUUACACAAUAUAACAAAAUAAAUAAACGUAUAGAUCCACGGAUAAUAAGUUUGUGCACUUAGGAAGUUUAGGAACAGCGGUACGGAAGACGAGGGCAAACAUUUGCGUAUUCUGCUGUGGGAGCGCAUAGGUGACUCAAAAAAUACACAGAAAAAAAGUCGAACACACAAGUGAUUGCAUGAUGGUGGAGUUACGGAACAACCAACAAAAACAGAGUAUGUUCAUAGCAUGAUUUUAAGACAUGAAACGUAACGGAGGACCACCAUAUACACACAUACACAUAUAUACAUAAGUAACAAAAUUACAUGUAUGCAAUAUCAUUAGAUGAAAAUUAGCUUAGUAGUAGGUAGGCACUCAUUGAGGAAUAUAAAAUGUGCCCAUCCUGAGAACUGCGCAAUACGGACAGGUAACUAGGGUUCUAAAGAAACUGACUGCGAUUUUGGAGAUGUUGGUGAAACACGUCGAUAGGAAUUACGUGUUUUUUCUGCUCUAACUAAAGGAUUGUGAUCAUCACUACCAUGGAGCUUAUACAGUUAUUUCGACAAAAGAAAAGCAAUGUUUAGCAAAAAAACAUGUUUACACUGCUGUAGCAAUAGCUAAAUUUAAAGCAAUUGUAGAAUUCUUACGCUAUGAACUAGCAUAACGUCAACCUGUGCUACGUAUAUAGCCAGGCCAUUAUUUUGCUUAUAUCGCCAGCAACAAUUCAAAACAGUUGUUUUGACGGAGGUAAUAGUAGCUAAGGGCACCCAGUAACUGUUGUUUCUACAGCACUGUACUGGGGCAUUACAAAGAGGUAUUUGGCGACAUAUGUAGAAUGUAUUACUGUCGUAGUGUUAUCCAUUUUUUCUAGAUGAAUUUAACAAAACGGUGCCUCUCGGCAAAUAGCAGUUAAAAUUGAGGAAAGGACAUUAUAUACACUAUUUAUUAAUAGUGCGAACAGAUUCAACUAAAUAAAGUUGUCGUCGUUAGGCAUUCUCGUUGUGAUUGUUUCAAAGUAUAUAUACGUAGUCUUAUGCGAGCUUUUUAGUCCCGUUAUUGGUUUAUCUAGCCCGAUACUUUCAGCAAGCAAUUUCAGAACAUCGAGCGUUGUAAAUGCCAUUUUGAAAACAUGCAAGUAACGAAAUGAAAAUAUGUUGAUAACCUUCUAUAUAUUUGGAAUUUGAAGAAUCGUAGAAGCUCACAGUUGUGAUCCGACACGAAUAAAUUUCCGCUACUAAACAGUUAGAUUAAACAUUGUUAAAUCUGAUAUUGAUCCAUAUUGUCAACGCCCAAUACAAAGCUUUUGAAUAC